GGGAAAGAGGUUGUGGCUGUACGAGCUCUGCUGGUUGUACUUUUAUCUGACGAGGUAACGCGUGUGUUAUUGUGGCCGUGGCGCUUCUGCGACCCAACAAUGGGACAGGAAUUUCACGUGCUGAGGUGCUUCUCGUGCCAGACUUUUCAAGUCCAGCAGGUCAAAAAGAGCAAAAAAUGGAGCUGCAAAAUGUGUGGGGAAAAGCAGUCUCUGAUAAAGGUAUAUGGCCAGGGCUCUGGGGCAGAUUGUCGCCGUCACGUCCAGAAGCUCAAUGCCCUGCGUGGAGAGAUGGUGCAGGCAGAGGAUUAUCUGGCUAUGACAUCACGGCAGGAGACGGUGACUGAGGAAGACCGGCCUGCAUAUGAUGGGGACCAGCAGGUACAGGAGUGUAAAGAGAGCUGUUGGAAUAAGUACCUGUACAGGACAGAUGAGAACAUGCCAGAGCAGGUGGAGCAGGAAAAUGAGAAUGUUUACAUGGGCAGAAAUGGCUUCCACACCCAGAGAGAACCUCCCAGCAGGAAACACCAGAGGAGCUGGGCUCCAGUCCCCAGGGAGUUUGAUCCCACAGAAACCUGCAACCACUGGAAGAGAACCAAGAAACGGGAGUGGGAGGGGACACAUGACCUUCAGCCCAGCAUGCAGACAUCACCAAAGAGUUUUCUGCCAAGAACAACAUUUCCUGUAAACAAAUCUUCAGCUGCAAGCCAACAGUUUCCUGCAUCUGAAGCAUCAGCGGAAACCAGAACUCAAGUAGGAGAUGCCUCAAUUUUUCCAAGAUCCAGUGAAAGAGAGGAGAGGAAGACUUCAAAAUGGGAUAAGUUCCUGCCUCAUUCCAUGCAUGGCAAAGCAAAGUGUGAGGAAAGUCUUGGACAGGAAGCAACUUGUUCUGGAGAAACCUCAGCCCCAGUAAAUGUCUGCCACCAGCUACAGUCAGCAGCUGGAGAAGGGAUGUACUUUGGCAGCAAGGUGCAGAGGGGUGGAUCUGUUGGAGGAAGCUUCAGGACAGGCCAAAAAGACUUGGCAUCAUUCCAUUGUGAUGCUGCUCCUGUCUAUCAGCAUGGCUUGUCCAGCAGGCACCCACACACUAUACUUUCUGCACUUUUUCAAACAGAUGAGGAUUUUGACAUCUAGUUUUUGUAAGCUCUUCAUGCCUUUUUUUUUUUAUUA